UGGUCCAAUCAAAAGUCUGAGGGGUGUGGCUUUCUUGCGCUCGAUCUUUCAGCACCUUGGACAGCAGCACUCACUCGACUGCGGGAGAGAUUCUGAGUGCGGGUCGAGAGUACUCACUUUCUCUCCUCCCAAAUAUCUCAUGAGAGAGAGAGACAGAGAGAGAGAGAGAGAGAGCGAGAGAGAGAGAGAGAGAGAGAGAGAGAGAGAGAGAGAGCGAGAGAGAGAGAGAUUUUCUACAAAACCUUUCAGGCGUUGUAAUUUCCUGUCCUUUUGCGGUGAUCCAUUUUCGACGUUGGCUUGUUUAUGUGAGCUGGUUCUCUGCGGGUAGUCUCUCCUCUGUGUCUCGGAUCCCAAACAACAAAUAGUGAACGUGAUUUUUGGCGUGCACAGCCACUGACUAUUGCGAAAAAUACGGCGACCGUCCACGUUAACAUUUCAUUUCACAAACUAAAUAUUACUUUAUCAUGUUUUUGACAUGGUUGCUGAGAACGUAGAUUAGUUGGAUUCGAUACCGUCCUGUGUAAGUAACAUGAAGUUUCUUGGUUCUUCUCCAGCCUGGUUCAUGCUUUAAUGCGCAAUAAACCUCUCCUCGCCUUUUUUGCCAAAAUUCACUUUAUUGUGAUCAUCAGCUUUAUGUAAGAUGAUGUUCUUCCACAACUGUUUGUAUUGCACAUAAAACCCUGAAAGGAGGAAGAAACGAGGAGCCAGCUGAGUUUUCCCCGUCUGAAUUCGUGCUGUGAAGCCGCAUCAUCUCCUAUGCCGUUUUAAACGUCUCUACGGCACGUUUUAAGAUUGUACAAGAGAAACGUUGACAAAAGUAUAACACAAAGAUAAAGAUGAAGAAGUUCCGGAAGGUUUUGGACGGGCUGACCACUUCUUCACCUGUCAAUCCAAGUGGAUCUUCCUCGUGCGGCAGUGCGGCUGGGACCCCCAGUGCGGCACAGACACCGCGGGAGCUGGAGAUCCAGGAGACACUGAUGUCGGAGCACUUCCAGAUCUGUAAGACGGUGCGUCAUGGAUUUACCUAUCAGCCCACAGCUCUGGCAUUUGACCCGGUGCAGAAGAUCCUUGCCAUCGGCUCUCGUUCUGGAGGAGUACGGCUUCUGGGACGGCCAGGAGUGGAUUGUUAUUGCCUGCAUGAGAGUGGGGCGGCAGUUCUCCAACUGCAGUUUCUCAUCAACGAGGGGGCGCUGGUCACAGCCUGUGCGGAUGACACACUGCACCUCUGGAACUUGCGUCAGCGACGUCCAGCUGUCCUUCACUCUCUAAAAUUCAACAGAGAACGGAUCACGUUUUGUCAUCUUCCGUUUCAAAGUAAAUGGCUUUAUGUGGGGACGGAGCGUGGAAAUACGCACAUAGUGAACAUCGAAUCCUUCGUUUUGUCUGGAUAUGUCAUCAUGUGGAACAAGGCAAUAGAACUAUCAACAAAGACACAUCCAGGUCCAGUUGUUCAUCUGAGUGAUAGUCCAAAAGAUGAAGGAAAGUUGCUGAUAGGUUUUGAGAGCGGUACAAUAGUAAUGUGGGACCUGAGGGCCAAAAGAGCCGACUUCAGAAUAUACUAUGAUGAGGCCAUUCACUCAGUAAGCUGGCAUCAUGAUGGGCGGCAGUUCAUGUGCAGUCAUUCUGAUGGCAGUCUAAGCAUGUGGAAUCUGAGAAACACAGCCAAACCUUUUCAAGUCACCUUCCCUCAUGGCAAGACUCAGAGAGAUGGUAGAAAAGAGUCAUGUAAACCCAUUCUCAAGGUUGAGUACAAGACCUCCAGAAACAGCAGUGAAGCCUUUGUCAUCUUCUCUGGAGGUCUGUCUUAUGAUAAGGCAGGACGCAGACCAACUCUAACCAUCAUGCAUGGAAAAGCCAUCACGGUUUUAGAGAUGGACUAUCCGAUAGUUGAUUUUAUGGUGCUCUGCGAUACGCCCUAUCUCAACGAGAUCCAGGAACCGUAUGCGGUGGUGGUUCUGCUGGAGAAAGAUUUUGUUGUGGUCGAUCUAACUCAGAGCAAUUUUCCUAUCUUUGAGAACCCCUACCCCAUGGACAUCCACGAGUCUCCAGUAACAUGUACGGCUUACUUUGCUGACUGUCCACCUGACAUCAUACCCAUACUUUACUCCAUAGGAGCUAAACACAAAAAGACUGGCUACAGCCACAAGGAGUGGCCGCUCAGUGGUGGCACAUGGACAGUCGGUUCGCAAGCAUAUCCAGAGAUUAUCAUCACAGGACACGCAGACGGAUCGAUAAAGUUUUGGGAUGCCACAGCAAUCACACUGCAGAUGCUGUAUAAGCUCAAGACGUCAAAGGUGUUUGAGAAGCCUAAGACUGGAGAGGUGGGCCGUGGUGCAGAGCUGGUGGAGGACGAUCCCUUUGCCAUUCAGAUGAUCAGCUGGUGCCCACAGAGCCGUAUCUUUUGUGUAGUGGGCAUCAGCGCCCAUGUCAUUCUGUACCGAUUCAGCAAGCAUGACGCCAGCACCACCAUCACAUCCCUAGAGGUGCGACUGCAGUGUGAUAUGGAGGACAUCAUCUCUCCAUCAGAUACAGAGAACACCCCAUGUUUUUCUGACCCUAGUGGUCACUCGCCCCAGCCUCAGCCCCCUAGUCCCCGAAGCAUCACGCCAGACAGUGUGCGGGACAGCAUCCACUGCCUCAAGGUUAAAGAUCGUAUGAUCCGAAUGCCUCCUGGAUACCAGGCGGAGCUUGUGGUUCAAUUACUGUGGGUUGAUGGAGAACCACCACAACAAAUCACCUGCAUGGAUUUAAACUCCGCCUAUGGCCUGUUGGCUUUUGGUAAUUGCAAUGGUGUAGCAGUUGUGGACUACCUGCAGAAAACUGUUCUGCUGUGUAUGAGCACUUUGGAACUGUAUGGAUCUGCAGACCCUUUCCAGCGCCUAACACGCUCUCCUCGCAAGAACCGGCAGUCCACAUCAGACUUUUGCAUGCGUGGCCUGUCUAGCUUUUAUUCAGAUUCAAAGAAACGGACCCGUACUUCCUACCAGAGCCUUACGGAGCUUUCUGAUAAUCAGGUGUCUUUGGACCUAGAGAGGAGCAAAUCACCCACCUCAGCACCCUACACCCCUUCCCUCCAUAAUGACCCUCGAGGCACAGGGGAACCUGUGUCCAACCUCCGGUCCUGUCACUACAGUCCUGUCUUUUACCUGCUGGACAAUGUCAAGGGACCAGGCAGAAAGUUAAGUCUACCCACAGAUCUUAAGACUGAUCUUGAUCAUGUGAAUGGACAUUGCACUAGCCCCACAUACCAGCCCUGUCCGUCUGGGAGGGGCAGAGUCCCUGGGGGCCUUGAAGGGCCACGCCUCGCCCGCAGGGGGCCCGGCCGACCGCCCUUCCGCAAGGCCCAGUCUGCCGCAUGCAUGGAGGUCUCUUUGCCUGUAUCCUCCCUCACUGAAGGUUAUUCAUCCCGACGAGCCAUGCUGCAGCAGUUACACGGAGUCAGUAUGUACUCUCACGAUGAACAUCACACCACCAACUACUCCUGGAGCGAGAGAGAGAGUCGAGAAAACUCAUUCAGCCGUUCUCGGAGCUCUAGCGUUUCCAGCAUAGACAGGGAAACAAAAGAGGCCGUAACCACCCUACAGUUUGCGGAGUCGUACGGGCGUAAGUCAGACACCUUGCCCACGCCCUGCCUGUGGGUGGGAACAAGCCUGGGCCUGGUGCUCAUUAUCCCAAUGUCCAUCCCUACAGAUGAGCAAGAACGCCAGGAAGACCCCAUUACUGUGGCCCCCACAGCCACAGUAUUAAUGUUGAAGGGCUCUGUUCUUCGGUUUGGCUUUCUGGACUGUGGGGGUGCUCUGAUCCUAAAUCCCUAUGAGGUGUGGCGGGACCAGCAUGCUCCAGAAGACCCAGAUCGACCCCGCAAACGGAAGCUGUUCAACUUCUCACCCUCCUCCUCUCAAGAGGCCAUUGGAGAUGGCCACUUAGCUGUGGUGUGUUCAGAGAGGCAGGCCAAGGUCUUCCUCAUGCCCUCCCAAGCCUGUCUGUAUGUGCACAACAUCACAGAGUCGUCCUUCGUGCUGCGUGCAGAUGUGGUGUCGGUUUGUAACAGCGUUUGUUUGGCCAUUUUCUGCGCCAACGGACACAUCAUGACUCUGAGCCUUCCAAGUUUACGGCCACUGCUGGAUGUCAACUACCUGCCGCUAACGGACAUGCGCAUCGCCAGAACAUUCUGCUUCACCAAUGGAGGACAGGCGCUGUAUCUGUGCUCCCCCACAGAGAUACAGAGAAUCACUUACAGCCAGGAGAUGUGUGACAACCUACAGGAGAUGUUGGGGGAGCUCUUUACACCCAUUGAGACUCCUGAGGCUCAGAACCGUGGCUUUCUCAAGGGCUUUUUUGGUGGCAAUGCCCAAACUUUCGACCGAGAGGAGCUGUUUGGUGAGGCAGCAGCAGGUAAGGCAUCCCGCAGCCUGGCCCAGCACAUCCCGGGACAGGGUGGUAUGGAGGGCAUGAAGGCUGCAGCAGGUGGGGUUGUGGGUGAACUGGCUCGAGCUCGCAUCGCCCUGGAUGAGAGAGGGCAGAGGCUGGGGGAGCUGGAGGAGAGGACGGCCCUCAUGAUGACCAGUGCCGAAACCUUUUCUAAACAUGCUCACGAGCUGAUGCUGAAGUGCAAAGACAAGAAGUGGUAUCAGUUUUAGAGGGUCCUGGACGAGGGCACAUUUUGCUCUCAUGCCACAAAAGGGUGCUAUUCUGGCACUUGGACUUUCACUCUUAAAGAGAGAGAGAGAGAGCGCAAGCAAGGCGGAUGGACAGAGAGGGACUUACGGGCCGAUCAGCAUCUCUUCUGUCUGUGUACAGGAUUGGCUUACUCUGAUUGUUUAAAAAGACAAAGUCAGAUUACGAUACGAUGGAUGUGUACCAUUAAUGUUUAAGAGUAAGAGGGGUUCCAUACUCCUGUGUUGUGAAUCAGACAACAUCUUCAUUUAUGUACAGGGGUUCAAUGGGGUCUCCUCACAAGAAGCAAAAUGUCUCACGUUGUGUAGAUACUUUGAAAGUUACGAAAUCAACAAGAGUGCAUGAAACAAAAUGGAUGACCUAUAAAAAUGUAAAACUGCCAUAUUAAAAAGCAGCAUGUUACUUUAAAAAGGGAACUAAAAGAUUAACUUUUAUUUAAUAACCUAAGCCAAUAAUAUAAAUUAAUGACAACAAAAAAAUUAUAUUUUUUGAAAUAGCAAACAAAUAUAUAUAUAUAUAUAAAAAAAAAAAAAUUAUGCCUGCAUUGCUAUAAGGCCAAAAUAUUUUUUUGUUGAUAACUCUACGCUAUUUCUUUCAGCGAUGCAUAUUUUCAGAAUAUUUACCACUUUGUCUUGUCAUAUUUGACUCUAAUUUAUCCACCCUUGUAUUCCAAAGGAUGGCCGAGGAACGAGUUUCCAUGAUUCGUACAAAGAGCGCAGGCUAACGGCAACUUACUAGGCCAAGCCCACCGACGUUCUGUCUCGAACGUUACAACACAACAUUUUUCCGUUCUCUUUGCUGCUAGCUCGCAAAAAAACACCACAACCAACUUUUUAAUCAGUCUCAAAAAGUAACUUCACCCUAGCCUAGAAACGUAUGUCGUGACAUGGUUUUAGAAGUGUGAGUAGUAAAAUGUAUUUGGCGCCACGUGACGAGUAUGUAUGUGAGGUCUUUUUCGAGAGUGUUUCUCUUCAAAAGCGUAUGUAAUACUUAAUGUGCCAUAUUCUUGAUGGGUAAAGUAUCUUUACUGUUAAAUAGCGAUGAAUUAACUCUCGUCUGUGAUUAAUAUUCUGGGCUCUUACCUGUAGAUACGACAAGCCAGCCAAACUCAGAAAGAAGCGUUAGAUCUUCUUGCGUGUCUGUAAAAGAACAAAUACUCUUUGAUUUUUUUUUUUUUUUUUUUUUUUUUUUUUUUUUUGAUUGUCAUGAUGUUUGUUAUUCUUAAAAGGAUCAAUUUCAGCUGGCCUGUUAUUUCAUUUGAUUCUCUCUUUGGUUGCCUUCGGGCACGUGUAACAACGAUAGUGUGUUGUACCUCACUAAGAACAACGAGUGAAUGACCUCUGUUUUCUCUGCCAAAGUUUGAAUGCAUUUGUGGAGAGAUUUCCUUCACAUUCCAGUACAAGGGACAAUUUUAUUUUAUUUUUUCUCAAUAUAAUGUCAAACAAUGUUUUAUACCUUAUUACUGUAAUGUCAGACGAUUGUUCACAUGUGUCUACUGGUUGACAAUUGACUGUGGAUAUGGUGUUUUAGACCGACCAGUGGGCGAUACUUAUGAAUUUUCAUGUUUUUUGAAUAUGUGUCUGGUAAGAUUAAACAGAGUGAGUCGCCUGCAGUUCAUGGCAGGCGUGGAUUAGUGUUACGUGUAAGCUAAAUCUUCCAGAAUCGUAUUUUAAACUCAUGUUGUGUUUCUAUGGUUUGUCCUCUGAUGACCUCGGACCUUCUAUUUCUUUACUGUAACAAACUCAGCAUCUCUUCCGUAGUCCAUGCCUCUGCCCAUUUGGCUUUGUAAAUACAAGCUGCUACACAGUAACAUAUACGUUGUGCAUUGAAAUACAUAAACUCAAGGUUCACGCAGAUAUACAUUGUCAAACAUUAGUCAAACUUGGGCUCUUACGCAAUAUUUUUUUUUCUCAUGCUUUUACAUUUGAAAUAAUGCUCAUGGUGAUGACUAAUUCUACAAGUUUGAAGAUGUUACGCAUGUGGAGAGUGUGUAUUUGGACACAAGACUCAUCAUAAUGGUCAGCUAGUCCGAAGCCAAAGCCAUGUAGAAAUGUUCUUCUGAAGAAACCUGUUGGUUUUAGUUCAUAUUCACCAUUAUAUUCGUUUUGACAGAUUCUCCAAUAAUUCCUAUUAAGUGUCAAAAAAGAAUAAAAACUGACUCUCACAGACAGGGUAUUUUGUUUGUAUGUUCUCAGUUUUUAUAUGAAAAUGUACAGUUCAACUGGGGGAGAGUGACGUGGUCAUUGAGCUAAAUUAUUGACAAAAGUGAUUUGGAUAUUCCUCUGUGAACGUCAUACCUGUUUAAAGAUGGUACUGUGUCUGAUAUUCUGACUGAAGUUCUGUAGGUCUAACUGUAGUUUCCUCCACCCCAACACUGGUCCUCUGAUACCUCCAGAGAAGGCAGCAAUGUCGGUCUUGUUUAAAUGGAUAAUGCCACCUUUCGUUCUUAUCGAUAUUCUAGUAGUGUUAUAGAGGUUAAUAAAAAAUACAAUGGAAAAAUAUGUUGAUGCAAAUCAAAUUGAAAUAAACAUUGAUUGAU